AAGACUGGAUAUACGGCUACAACGGAAGACAAAGUACUUCCGCAGAAAGUAGGAAAUGGCACACUCGGGAGCGUUCCAAGUUGAACGUGAGGAGAAAAAAAAAAGGAGAGCGAGCAAAGUUCCCCGCCCACGCCAUGACGUCGACCCCGCUCAAGCUUUGUUGAGCUUUCUGCUUGUCAAACUUCCGAUCACGCGGUCCCUCUCUUUCCUUUGCUUUUGCUAGAAAUCAGUGCUCAACAUCGAACAGCCGCAAGAAACCAACAAGGAAGACACCAUGCCUACCGUCACCGUCAAUAACCACGAGAUAUACUACGCCGACUCCCACCCGGACGGCGCCCCCGCCAACGGCUCAACAUUCAUCUUCAUCCACGGACUCGGUUCCUCGCAGAACUACUACUUCCCCAUCCUGCCGUACCUCGAAACGCAGCACCGGUGCAUCACCCUGGACACCUAUGGCUCCGCCCGCUCGACCUACACGGGCCAGCCGGUGUCCAUCGAAUCCAUUGCCGCCGACGUGGUUGGCGUGCUGGAUGCGCUGAAGGUGGCCCAGGCCGUGGUCGUCGGCCACUCGAUGGGCGGACUGGUGGUGACGCUCCUGGGCGCGCAGUAUGCGGAUCGCGUGAAGGCCGUCGUCGCCAUUGGCCCAACUCACCCGUCCGACAAAUUGGCCUCGGUCAUGACCCAGCGCAGCGAGACGGUCUCCAACUCGGGCAUGGAGCCCAUGGCCAACACCAUCCCCAGCGGCGCCACCGGCACCCGCUGCUCGCCGCUCGCCAAAGCCCUGAUCCGCGAGUUGAUCCUGGGACAGAACCCCAAGGGCUACGCGGCGCUCUGCCAGGCGAUCGCCAAAGCGCCCGCCAUCGACUACGCGGCCAUCUCGGCCCCGUUCCUGCUGAUUGCGGGCGAGGAGGACAAGUCAGCCUCGCUGGAGGGGUGUCAGCAUAUUUUCGAUCGGGUGUCGAGCGGGAGCAAGAAGAUGGAGGUUCUGGCGCAGAUCGGACAUUGGCAUUGCGUCGAGGCGCCGGAGGAGGUGGGCGGGCUGAUUCGGGAGUUUGCUGCUGCUUUGUAGUUCUUGUUGGUAGAGUUGUUUCUUAUGUAGUGGCGGUCGUCCUACAAUGAAAGCACUUGAGAGAUGAGGUUUGGGUCGAAGGAGUAGACUGAGGAAUGUCUUUCACUCCCCGAGCUCAGGAUCGUCUGAAACAGUCACAUGACGAAGUAUAGAAAUGAAUAAC